GUCUCCUCUCCUCUCCUUCAGCCUUUUCAAUCCUCCAUCGCCACCCAAGCCUCAGACUUCAGUUAGCCAUGGCUGGCCCCAGCUUAACUCUCAAUGUAGACGUCAACCAGUUCGUUAAUGGGUUAUGGAAAUCCUGCAAGCAGGCUAUAGCAGGCAUCGACAAGUUAAAGAACGAAUUUGGAAAGCUUAUAGCUGAACGAAAUGAAGACGAAGAAGCCGAGCCGGAUGAAAGAGUUGCAACUAUAAAAGUCAACCAGUGGCUGCAUGACCUGGAGUCAUUGGAAGGCCAAGUAGCCACUAUCCUUGAGGAUUUCACACGCAUCGCUUUUCAUAAUAACAUCAAGAUUGGGCCAUGGGGAGGCCACGGAGAACACAACUUUGACAUUGGUCCAUCUGCCUCCCAAAUCACUAGGGUCGUACUUCACACAGGACUCGUCGUCGACAGUUUGGAGAUCUUCUAUGUUACUGAACGGAAUGAAGCCAAAACAUGCCGCGUAGGCGGCACUGGUGGUGGAUUCCACGAGUUUGAACUACUCCCUGGUGAAUAUAUCAACUCGAUGGUUGGGUCCAUCAAAACUUUUUACGGCGAAACUUGUAUCGCUAAGCUUGGAUUUAAGACCAACACGGGGAAGAAGCAUGGACCUUUUGGGCAUGGAGGUGGCAUGGAGUUCACUGUUCCAGUUCUGGACGGUCGAAUUGUUGGAUUCUUUGGCCAGUUCAACAGCUAUCUAAAUGGAAUCGGAGUUUAUUUGGCUCCUAAGUAAUUGGCCAUUUAUUUAGUAUUUCAGAACCUGAUCAUCGAACAUCUGUUCUCUCUUUUUUCACUUUGUUUCAUAUAUCGUGGGAUUGUUUUAAAAAAAUUUGAUAGC